UUGUGGUUCAGAAGGAAAGGACAAUAUACCACAGAGGAACAAACAGCACAGUCUGGCAGAGAUCUUUCCUCACGACAGCAACAAGAUCAUUCAACUGCAAACCAGAAGUUUCAAUGUGAUCCUUCUUUCUCCAGAUGCCUUUUCAACACUCUUGACCUUAAUGAGCAUGGCAUCAGUUUGGCUAUCAGUAUUUGUCUCAUGGAUAUAUAUCACCGCCUUGUUAAAAGCGGCUCAAGCAUUGAUUUGUGGCGAGGUAAACACUUCUGCUUCUAUGGUGGCUGUAGGGUCAUCCAUAACAGCGUCCUGCCUUAUCAACAACGAAUGCCCACUGACUAAAGGCAAAGAGUUUCGCGUGGAAUGGAAGAUCAACAACCAUUUGGUCCCCACAAAUCUCACAUACCUGGAGAGGAAUGGGACUUAUGCUGCAUUUAUUCCAAACAUUCUGGGCACAAGCGCUGAAAUUACUUGUGGAAUUUGUGUAGAAACCAACUGCCAAAUAGUGGGUGGAAGCAUCAUCGAAGUGAAACAUCCACCACCCAUUCCAAAGAAUCUAAGCUGUGUCAUGACUUUUUCUCCGGGAGGAAUGCUAUGUAAAUGGGAUCCCGGUCAAGAAACGGCAGACAAUUCUACAAUCUACACGCUUCACACCUCUAUCAGUUCUCCUAACAGGACCACUUCAAAAAGGUAUGUUCUGCCUACUGGGGUGCAUUUUUUCCAUAUUCCACGAUUGGAAUUUGGUCUUACAUCUAAGAUGGAGAUUUAUGUGGAGGUAUCGAAUGUCUUCUGGAGGAUCAGCUCUGCACGUCUGCUGUUGGUGCCAAUGGAAUCAGCAAAGUACGGCCCUCCUGACUUUCAGAGGAUUGAACCAUAUGAGUUAGGAUGUGUCAAGUAUAUAUGGAGUCUUCCGGCGUCUCAAAGUUGGGUGAAAUUGACCUUUGAUGUGGAGCUUAGCCUGAAAGAAGUGGACAACAAGUUAGCCACAGAGUUGGUUUUCCCGAUUUCAUCACGAUCAAAUAGCGAAAUUAAGGUGUGUAAACUCCUCCACUGGACCAACUAUAGCAUCAAGAUGAGAGUUCGGUAUUUCAGUGAAUGGAGUGAAUGGAGUAAUCCAAAAGAAGACACCACAAUUACAACAGCUCCAUCUGGCUAUCUGGAUGCAUGGCUCAAAGUACCUGAUGAUGAUGGUGAUGAUAUUGCACAGCUCUAUUGGAAACCCUCACAACACUUUCGUGCCAAUGGCCGGAUUAAGUCAUACACUGUUGAAUCCAAGGAACCAAAACAGAUUUUAUGUGAUACAAGAGAAAACCACUGCUCAUUCAAUCUCAGGAAGUGGACUCGACGGAUCUACCUGACAGCCUCUAACACCGACGGCAGCUCCACACCUACUGAAAUCAAAGUAUUUGGGAAGAAAGGACUGGAACCUGUGUCUAACAUAAGUGUGCAUCCCCAGUCUGAGAGCUCAGUUCUGAUAGUGUGGAAAAGCUUGGUGUCCUCUCGUGUCGUGGGAUACGUGCUGGAGUGGAGAUCUCUCAGCAAGACACAUGCAGACCAACUCUUCUUUACACUGCUCAACAAAAAUCAGUCCAGUACUGUAGUGACAGGUCUUGAGCCUUACAAGCCAUAUGAGAUCUCUAUUUAUCCCAAGUAUGUGGAUGGAAUUGGACGGUGUCUUACUGUGAUUGCAUAUAGCAAGGAGAAAGCACCCACUGUGGCACCAGAGUUGAUGUUUGGAGAAAAUCAUCAUUCUACACAUGUCCACCUUUUGUGGGACGAAAUUCCUCUGGAGCAGAGAAAUGGCAUCAUUCGAGGAUAUACUAUUUACGUCUGGGAUGAAAGAAACAACAUACAAAUUUUAAGGACAAAGACAACGGAUAUUUUGGUGAGACAUCUUCAGCCUCUGUCCAGAUAUAAUGCCCUUAUAUCAGUUCAUACAUUGGGUGGGAGUUUGAACGGAUCAGUUGUUAUCUUCAAAACUGAACAAUUUGGUGGAGUUGAAAUUGUGAUCUUUGUGAUUCCUGUAUGCUUUGGAUUUUCAUUGCUUAUCCUCAUCGCUGCGUUUGCAUGUCUCAACAAGCAUGAGCGCCUGAAGUUGUGUUUGUGGCCAAUCAUUCCUGAUCCUGCCAACAGCAGCAUUAGGAGAUGGACUACCACAGAGUCGUUGCAGGGCAUGCCCCCCUUUAAGGAAGAUAAGGACCCCGUGAUGGUGUAUCUGUCUCAUUUCAGUCUUCUAGAUCUCACUGACAAAGAGCUCUGCAACAGUGACUAUGUGAAGGAGAACCUGUGGUUAAAUGAUAGUGGCACCCAUGAUGAAGGCCACAACUUAUUCCAGACCAUGCAGGAGAACACAAAUACUGUCCCUUAUGCCACUGUUUUGUUUAGUGCUCCAUAUGAAAACCAGACAGCCUCGCCACCGGUCUACCUACGUUCUGACUCCACGCAGCCGCUUUUAGGGGUGGAAGACCCUGAUAGUCCCCCACCCUAUGAGAAUAUGUCAGGAAGGGUUUCCGUCGCAAACUUCUUUACUAAGAUCCCUAAGGAGUCCACUGGGAAUGAAGCAUUUUGGGAAGAAUUUCCCAUGCUCAGGUCUUUAGAGAACAGCAAUACAGACCACAUUUAAAAAAUGUAUGUGCUUGUUUUAUGAUGGUGCGCUUUCAUGUGGCUAUACGGAUUUUUAUGUGUGUAAAUGCUGUUGCUUUCACUAACAAAACUCUGUAUACUGUGCUGCGUCCACACAAAACGCUAAAUGUCUUUAACUACUAUCAAAUGCUUCUCAUUUCCUGAAUUGUGAAUCUUCAGUUUCUAUGCACUCUGUGCCUUUGACACAGAAAGUCCACCUACAGUAGGUAGUCCACCAAAAUGCCUAUUACCAUCACAUGACGUGUGACAUCAGUUUAAGGCAGUGGCAGGCAGCAAAUCUGACCUGUCACACUUAAAAGUUGUUCACAAAGUCACCAACAGGUGGUGUGGAGUGCACAUUUGUAUAUGAAGGUAAAUUAUAAAAUAUUGGGUAAACUUCACUAGUACUAAUAAUAAUAAUUACAGUAUGGGUGUAUUGCAUUGUAACAUUCAAUUUUCUACAAUUUCAGUCAAAUAUUACAAAGAUGGCCUUGCUUGAAGUGUGUUUACUUUUUACUGCACAGUAUUUUCAAAUAUCACACAUUAAAGAGAUGCAAAAUCAGAAACCAAAAUGUUGAUUACUCUGUUACUUGGAAUGGAGACAAUAUUUGUUAUACAACCUACUUUAGUUUUUUUACUUAGUCUUUUAAAGACCACAGACGCUGAUACAUCAUGUACACAUGCCAUGUGUGUUCCUUUAUUCUACAACCAUUACUGAACACUCAUCAGUACGUCUGUUUUUAAGUAUUUUCCAUAACAUCUGUACACAAUACAAUAACUAGAUAAACUGUAAAAUUUU